CAGGUGCAGGGUCUUGGGGUUUUACAAACCUUUUUGCUUGGUUUGUGCCCUCCCACCUUUCCUGCUUAGCGUGUGUCGUGCUGCCACCAGGUUCUGAAGUUAAAAUCUACGGGUGACACCAUGAACCCCAUCCAAAACAUACCGCCUCAUCAACGUCAAGAGUUUAUGCGCACGUUGGAGGAGUUGCAGGUCAAGGACUCUUUGCUGAUGUACAAUCGGCUGGUAGAACGCUGUUUCAAGGAAUGCGUCACGCGCUUCCGUUCCAAGAAAAUGGACGACACCGAAUUGUCUUGCGUUUCGAAGUGCGCGGAGAAAUAUCUCAAGCUGACGUCGAGGGCAGGUUUCAGGUUCGCGGAGUUUCAAUCGCAACAGAGCGGGUCGGAGGGAGGGGUUAUGCCUCCACCGGGAAAUAAUUGAGAACCAACAUGGGGAUGACAUAACUCAAAAAUGCUGGAUGCGGAUCAAGAUGAAAAGGGUCGUCACCUCAACGGGUGGAUCGUUGAAGUGGAAAGAGGCAAAUGUGACAAAUUUUGGACGGACGGGCAUCGAAGAGAGGUUCAAGGUAUGUAAGUAAGACUAAGCCGUGGCACAGAAUCGUGAAUCACCUGCAGAAUUAAAGAAAGUUUCAACUUUUUAGCGAGA